AUGGUCAGCCCAGCAUACUACGCAGACGGAAGACGAUAUAGCCGCGUCGACCCGACAUACGUCUACCCGGAACGGCAGCAACGACAUCACUCGCAUUCUUCUGAAGCGCGGACAUCUAAUAUGACGGAGCGAGAGACUGACACGGAUACACCCCCCCGCAAGCGUAUUGCCGUUGCUUGUGGCCGUUGCCGGAAGCGCAAGAUUCGCUGCAGCGGAGAUACGGGCAACGGACUUCCAUGCCAGAACUGCAAGGCCGCCGGCGCCGAAUCCUGCAUGUUCUUACGAGUCGCCUCAACAGAAGCUCCCUGGGUAUCUACAGAUCAAACAUUCACAUACGAUCUCAAAGCCGCAAGAGCAUACGCCCACACCGCCAUGGCCUCACCCCUGAACUCGUCCCCGCCUCACCACUACACCUCCGACAUCCACGACGGCCUUCCCCGCUACUCAUCGACAUCAGCCAGCUACUACGGCGGAAAAUACUACGCCUCGCCCGCGACUAUGCCGAGUUGGUCUGCCACGCCGGGCUACUCAGAGGACGCCGUGGACUACAGCCCCGCCGCGGUGGCCUCCAUGGGAUACCCGUACUCUUACCAGCAGCCCUCGGACACGAGCUACUACUACCGCGUAAACCCCACCGCAAAGGUCGCCGCAGCGGCACCAAGCGCGGGUGACUUAUACGUCAACACGGCGGACGCCGUAGCAGCGGCGGGAUACGCCUAUGGCAGCAACGCCGGCACCGUCACCCAGCUUCCUCACCGGCCCGCUACAAACGUGGCAGCGGCAGCAGCAGCAGCGGUGCAGCAGGGCGAGGGCCAGAAUUUCUCCUUCACCGGCGUCGCCGCUUCUUUGCCCCCCGCCGGUGGCGACCGUCGACUACCCGACCGGGCUACGCGUCAACCCGUCGCCAAUGCAAACGUCCUAGCCUACCGUACAGAAGGCGCCGCUGCUGCUACAUCCUCUACGGCAUCGGCGUCGACAAAGUCCUCAGGUAGCCCGACGUCUCAGCCAUCCCCAAUCUCAGACGUGACGACAAGCUACACAACUUCGGGCCCCAGCGGAUCAGGAAGCUUCGAGACGUCGCCCGUAUCAGCGUACCCUCCGCCAUCGCACACCGUUCCGUCUAUGACGCAUCAGCAGCAGCGUAUUUCCAACGCUGAGAUGGCAGGAUACCCGCCCUCCACGACCACGAGCGGCGGUAAUGAGCCCAUCUUCAGUGCUUCGGAAUCGAGUCUCCGGUCCGCGUCUGAUUCCGACUUAAGCUACAAGUACACAGACUCUUCCACUGCACCGUCAGGGGUAGGCAGGGACGGCAGCGGUCGUCGCGGAAGCGGCGAGACCACGAGUUCCACUUCCUCUUCGUCUUCCACCACGCCUGUGGGCGGAGGCGGCUCGCUCUCCAACGGGCAGCAGUAUACAGUCACCACGCCGUCGCCGGGCAUGACACAUCCCGUGACACUAACCGAGUACGCCACAGCCUUGUUCCCCCUCUCGUACGUCGUCGAAACACAAGACGCCAUUGCAGGGGAGAAGCUUUCGUUUUCAGGCAGGGGCGGUACAUCGCCCACCCUCUAUUCUUCUCCAGCAGGAAGCGAGACGUGGCUUGCCCUUUUGUACGAAGUCCAGGCACCGGAUUUGGGGGUUCCUUUCUUCCCCGGUGGAGAGGGUGUGGUCCGCUGCAUGCGUGUGGCCCAGCCUUGCUUGGCUUUAUCAUCGACGGUACCCAACGACAACGACAACGUCUACGCCGCCAACGUACAUACCGUUACCGGAGGCCAAGAGAACCGAGAAAGGUUCCAUCUCUGCAGGCAAUGGGAGGCCCAAGAAUGA